AUGACUAAAACAGAGAACCGUACAGAGGUGACGGAGUUCAUUCUGGUGGGGUUCACCAAUGAUCCAGAAAUGCAGAUCCUGCUCUUCAUAACUUUUUUCCUCAUCUACCUCAUCAGUCUGGUUGGGAACCUGGGGAUGAUUCUGCUGAUCAUGUUGGACUCCCGUCUCCACACUCCCAUGUACUUUUUCCUCAGCAACCUCUCUCUGGCUGACUUUGGUUACUCCUCAGCUGUCACGCCCAAGGUAAUGGCAGGGCUUCUCACAGGGGACAACGUCAUCUCCUAUAAUCAUUGUGCCGCUCAAUUCUUCUUUUUUGGAGCUUUUGCUGUUACUGAAAGCAACCUUUUGGCUGUCAUGGCUUAUGAUCGGUAUGCAGCAGUGUGCAAACCCCUUCAUUACACCACCACCAUGACAGCAAAUGUGUGUGCAUGUCUGGGCAUAGGCUCCUAUGUUUUGGGUUUCCUGGAUGUUUCCAUCCACACUGGGAACACUUUCCGGCUCUCCUUCUGUAGGUCCAAUGUGAUUGAUCACUUUUUCUGCGAUGCUCCUCCCCUUCUGGCUAUCUCAUGCUCUGACAGAUACAUCACGGAGCUACACUCCAUGGACACAGACAAAAUGGCAUCUGUGUUCUAUGCCAUCGUCAUCCCCAUGCUGAACCCCCUAGUCUACAGUUUGAGGAAUAAAGAGGUCAAGAGUGCCUUUCUAAAAGUUUUUGGGAAGGCAAAAUCUUUUAAAGGAAUCAUAAUUUAA